GGAGGCUAUUGCUUUGGGCACAACAGACUUUGCAGUGGAGGAUAUGGAUAAAAUCAUGGAGGAGCUGGGGAGGGAUUUCAAGGGCAACUCCUACCAUCUAAUGCACAAGAACUGCAACCACUUCUCAUCCUCGCUGUCUGAGCUGUUGUGUGGGCGUGAGAUCCCUCGCUGGGUGAACCGCCUGGCCUAUUUCAGCUCCUGCGUGCCCUUUCUCCAGACCUGCCUCCCWAAGGAGUGGCUGACCCCCGCUGCRCUCCAGASCCACAUCAGCAUGGGUCUCCGCAAGGAGGAGCGGGAGGCCGGGGAGUCCAGCGACGAGGACCCCAACUCAGCCUCCGGGACCGCCGGGGCGGGCGCCGGAUCCUCACACAGCUGUCGCCAUACACGGGUCUGAGCCAAUGACUGUAGGUCUGAAGAGAACAGCCAAUAGGACUCUCUCAAUUACCUUUGACCUUCGAACKCUGGACCAGAAGGUCACCAGGUCACCUGUGCUGGGGAUGUAGUGAUGUAAUAUCUGUGGGCCUGACUGAAUAACCACCUGACCUCAUAGUACCACCCCUGAGAACAGAGACGGGGACAGAUGAUUAGUUAGCCUACUAGCUCGCGGAGCCCGCCGGGGCCAGGGGACCUGCAAAACCUACAGAUCCCCUGGCUUUCUUCCUUUUUAGAUAUGGUAGAUAUAUUCUGAAGGGGGAUUUGUUAUAGGUUUGUUGACCAACUAACUCAGAGCAUGGCAUGGCUCUUUUAGAUUGACCACAGCUACAUGAUGUACUGUAGGUCUGGGCUACUUUGUAGUAUUUCUCUUUUUCCAUGAACUUUUAAACCUUUGUCAGCCUUCAUCCCUGAUCCACCCUGAUUCCCUUCUUGCGGAACUCCUUCUAUUGUAGAGUAGACGGAUAUCAGAAACAACAAAGAUACAUCUAAAGUGAUGUCCAAAAUGGAACCCUAUUCCCUAUAUAGUGCACUACUUUAGACCAGAGCCCUAAGGCACCCUAUUCCCUAUAUA